CAUGUCACCGCAUUGCUAAAGUGUCAGUCAAACGGUCAUCAUUGGCUUCUGUUAGUUCGUGCUAAGUGGCAAAUAUUGUCCUCGUCAUCUUUGGAGACAAAAGUGUGACUUUCUUGUUAAUAGUUCCCCGUGCCCUGCUGCCUAUUCCUAGCCAAAAUGGUCUACACUGUAAAGGAUGCUGCCGACUUUACCACCAGAGUGGAAGCAGCCGGUGACAAGCUGGUCGUGGUGGACUUUUUCGCCACCUGGUGCGGCCCGUGUAAGGUGAUUGCCCCCAAGCUGGAGGAACUGCAAAACAAGUACGCCGAUAAGAUCGUCGUUGUCAAGGUCGAUGUGGACGAGUGCGAAGAUCUGGCUGCCAAGUACGAGAUCUCCAGUAUGCCGACAUUCCUGUUCAUGAAGAACAACACCGUUCUCGAUACGUUCUCCGGCGCUAACGCCGAGAAGCUAGAACAGUACAUCAGAAAACACACCGAGUAGACAGUGGCAGCACCGUCCCUUAAGGCACUCUUAUCGUAAACACAUCCCAGUAAUCGAGAAUACACAAUAGCUUGCCUUUGCGAUCUACAGCUGCCUUUGGUGAUCACCCGGCCAAGCGCGUAAUCCAAUUUCGCUUUUUUUUAAAUUAGUUUAGCUUCUGAACAGGUUUGCGAUAAAACACAACAGCAGCAAUCGCUUGAGCGAUGCGUGUUGUCUCAAUGUUUGUUGUGUGGGAAACACACUCACGCCGAUAGGCAGUAGCUUAGUCGCAAUUUUAUUAUCUGAAGAUGAAACCGAUCAAAAAUGUUACCAACCUGCCGCGCAGGUAUGGACAGCGAACGGAACAAAAUUUGCAGCCUGGCGGAUACACAAGAAUAAAAAACACUAUUUGUCCAUGUUA